ACAACAAUAAUAAUAGUAGAUGGAGCACAUACGGAGGCCUAAUCUCGGAAGACUAUGCCACUCUUGCGUCUGAUGGAGAAAGGGGAGCUGGAUGACUGCACACUGCAACUCUCUCACAAUGGAACCUAUUUGGAUUUAGAAUCGACCCUAGCAGAGCAACGGGAUGACUUGGAAGGAUUCCAGGAGGACGCCGGCAGGAGCAAGAAGCAAAGUAUAAUCCUGAGGACCCAGCUCUCAGUGAGAGUUCACUCCUGUAUUGAAAAGUUGUACAAUUCCAGUGGACGAGAGCUCAGACGGGCCCUGUUUUCCUUGAAGCAGAUAUUUCAGGACGACAAGGAUUUGGUGCAUGAAUUUGUUGUGGCCGAGGGGCUGACCUGUUUGAUAAAGGUGGGAGCUGAGGCGGACCAGAAUUACCAAAACUACAUCCUGAGAGCUUUGGGCCAGAUUAUGCUGUAUGUCGACGGAAUGAACGGAGUCAUAAAUCAUAAUGAAACCAUUCAGUGGCUGUACACGCUCAUUGGGUCCAAGUUCCGCCUGGUGGUGAAGACGGCCCUGAAACUGCUGCUGGUGUUCGUGGAGUACAGCGAAUCCAACGCCCCGCUCUUAACUCAGGCCGUCGCCUCGGUCGACGCGAAAAGAGGUGCCAAACCAUGGUCCAAUGUCAUGGAGAUCCUAGAGGAGAAGGAUGGUGUUGACACAGAACUGCUGGUGUAUGCAAUGACAUUGGUGAAUAAGACGCUCUCAGGCCUGCUGGAUCAAGAUGCCUUCUACGACGUGGUGGACUGUCUGGAGGAGUUGGGCAUUGAAGCUAUUUCUCAGAGACACUUAACCAAGAAAGGAACAGACUUGGACUUGGUCGAGCAAUUUAACUUGUAUGAGGCGACCUUGCGGCACGAGGAUGGCGACGAGGGCGCGGAGCCACCCCCCAGCGGGCGGAAGGACCGGCGCCGGGCCAGCCUCGGCUCCAACGAGCGCCGGGGCUUGGAGCGCAGGAGAAGCCGGAGACACUCGGUCCAGAACGUGAAGAGCCCGGCCUCGGCUCCGGCCAGCCCCUGCGCCCCGCCGACCCCCAACUUCGUCCUCAGCCGAGAGCCGCAAGGGGACGGCCUCAGCACCAAAGAGGAGGGGAGGUUUGAGGAAGAAGAGGAGCAGCCCAUCACAGAACCCAAUUCAGAGGAUGAGAGAGAAGAUGAGGCCACUAGCCAGGUCGAAGACAGUGAGGUCCACUCUGCCUCAGAGGCUGAGCAAGCCAGAAGCGGAAGCAGCUUCCAAAGUGCGGCAUCUUCGUCCAGUGCGGUUUCUCGUCCUUCCCGCUCGAGAGCCGAGAGUCCACCGUGCAACCCCUCUCCCGCUUCAGUCCCUCAUCCUCCCGGGGCUCUUCACUCAUCGUCACCCUCCUCGCCUGCGCCCGCCUCUCUCAGCUCGUCACAGUGCCUCGGGACGGCUUCCGGUGCUCCCAAAGCAUCCCCCACCGUGGAAAAAUUGCCUUACAUACCCCACAGUCCAUUUCAUCUCUUCUCCUAUGAUUUUGAGGAGUCUCCUUUAAGCGUGAAGGACAAGGAAGCAGAAGCCAAAAAGGAAAACAGUCCGUCCGAUCCUCUUCCCUCGAACAAGUGCUCCGACUCUGAUCCUUAUAAUUUCCGGUCUUUCUCUUCUAAUAGAUAUAGCAACUACGGCAACAGCUCUUUCGCCACUUCCAGAACUUACUGUGGACCAAGCACUUCUGCGACCCCCAGUUCUCGCUACGGGACGUCUCUGUCAUCCCCAGAGGAGACCAAGCCUGACCGGUCAGCAGUGGGUGGUCUGUUAACAUCAUCCUAUCGACAGCACCAGGAGUCCCUGUCGGCGGAAAGGGAGAGACGGAGGCAGGAGAGAGAAGAGCGACUGCAGAGGAUAGAACGGGAAGAACGAAACAAGUUCAACCAAGAUUAUUUAGACAAAAGAGAGGAGCAGAGACAAGCAAGAGAAGAGAGAUACAAAUACUUGGAGAAGUUGGCAGCAGAGGAAUAUGAGAAGGAGGUGAAAACCCGGAGCCCGUGCAGAGACAGAAGUGAACCGUCCUUGAACGUGAGCUCUCCGGCUGCUUCCGCCUCGGUCGGCCCCGAGGGCUCCGGCCCCCCAACCGCGGACCCUCAGGAGGGGAGGAGGACCUCCUCGACCCCCCAAGGGACCCCUCCAACGCUCGAAGCGAGGCCCAGUUGUCCUGAACCAGCACGAGAGGCAGAGGCAGAAGCAGAACAGGGGGCAUCCAAAGCACCCCGGGAAGUAGAAUCUCCUGCAGGGGGACCAGACAGUGAGGUGGAGCCAGGAGAAGAGGGAGAGCCAGAAGAAAAUGCAAUUCUCGGUGAAAAAGAAAGGCAGAAUGGGAAAGUGAACGAAAAAGACAACUGCUCCGCUUCCAGCAUUUCCUCAGCCGGCAGCACGUUAGAGAGGAAAGAGAAAGAGGAACAGUUGACCAGUGGCAAUAGAGCUGGUUCGUGGUCCCAGCCCUCUCAGGAUGCCGGUGUGAAUGCACAGUGCGGCAACAUCCUCAACAACAGACGCUUCAUGCUGGACAUGUUGUAUGCCCAUAAUAAGAAAGCCAAGGAUGAAGAGGAGAAAGAGCCGGAGAAGACGACGGAGGAGAAGGAGGCGGAGGAGGAAGGCGAGGAGCCCGUCGCCACCUUAGCCGGCCGGAUCUCCAUCCUGCAGGCCAGCGCCCAGACCAAAGAGGACGCCGUCAAGAAGCCGGAGGCCCGCGGCUUGGACAACCAGGGCGGCGUGAAGGCCUUCGCGGAGAAAUUCAACAGCGGCGAGCUGGCCAAGGGCUCGUCCUCGCCCGAGAGCGAGCUGGACGAGAAGGUCUCCGAAAGCAGCCAGUCGCAGCCCAAGAAAGAGUCCGACUACAUCUGGGAUCAGCUCAUGGCCAAUCCCAGGGAACUGAGGAUCCGCGACAUGGAUUUUACGGACUUGGGGGCCGAGGACGACCUGGACGUGUUAGACAUGGAAGUGGGCCCCGGGGACUCCCCGGUGCCCCCCCCUCCUCCGCCGCCUUCCUUCCUGUGCUUCCCCCCGCCUCCGCCACCCCCUCCGUUCGGCUGUCCACCCCCACCCCCCGCCCACCCUAAUUUAUUGGCUCCCUCCGCGCUGCUCAGCUCCCCUCAGGGUUCAGGAUCGCCUCAGGUGCCCCGGGCGUUCGUGAAGAAGAAGAAGACCAUCCGUCUGUUUUGGAACGAGGUACGGCCCUGCCAGUGGCAGUGUAAAAACGACAAGCGCUGCAAAGAAUUCCUCUGGUCGAAACUGGAACCUAUUAAAGUGGACACGUCCAAACUGGAACACCUCUUUGAGUCCAAGUCCAAGGAACUGCCCGUGACCAAGAAAACUGCUGCAGAUGGAAAGAGACAAGAGAUCAUUGUGUUGGACUCCAAGCGGAGCAAUGCUAUUAAUAUUGGCCUGACUGUGCUUCCCCCACCCCGGACCAUCAAGAUCGCUAUUUUGAAUUUCGACGAGUACGCCUUGAACAAGGAAGGAAUAGAGAAAAUCCUCACCAUGAUUCCGACGGAGGAGGAAAAGCAGAAGAUCCAAGAGGCACAACUGGCCAAUCCCGACACCCCCUUGGGCAGCGCCGAGCAGUUCCUGUUCACCCUCUCCUCCAUCAGCGAGCUGACGGCCCGGCUUCAGCUGUGGGCGUUCAAGUUGGACUAUGAGCUCAUAGAAAAGGAAGUGGCAGAGCCCCUUCUGGAUCUGAAGGAAGGAAUGGACCAGUUGGAGAAGAAUAAAACCCUUGGUUUUAUCCUGUCUACAUUAUUGGCCAUUGGAAACUUUCUCAAUGGAACCAAUGCCAAAGCCUUUGAGUUGAGCUACCUCGAGAAGGUUCCAGAAGUCAAAGACACAGUGCAUAAGCAGUCUCUCCUUCACCACGUGUGCACUAUGGUGGUGGAAAAGUUCCCAGACAGCACAGAUCUCUAUUCCGAGAUUGGAGCCAUCACUAGGUCAGCCAAGGUUGACUUUGAGCAACUGCAGGACAACUUGUGUCAGAUGGAGAGACGGUGUAAAGCAUCAUGGGAUCACCUCAAGGCCAUUGCAAAGCAUGAAAUGAAGCCAGUGUUAAAGCAAAAAAUGUCCGAGUUCCUUAAAGACUGCGCAGAGAGAAUUAUAAUCCUGAAAAUUGUUCAUAGAAGAAUCAUCAACAGGUUCCACUCAUUUUUAUUAUUUAUGGGCCACCCUCCUUACGCAAUCCGGGAAGUGAAUAUUAAUAAGUUCUGUAAAAUCAUCAGCGAAUUUGCCCUGGAGUACAGGACCACCAGGGAACGGAUCCUGCAGCAAAAACAGAAACGGGCCAAUCACAGGGAACGCAAUAAGACCAGGGGAAAGAUGAUCACAGAUACGGCGAAGUUCUCGAGCACUUCGGCCGUGGCACCGAGCCAGCCGCAGGGUCUGGAGUACGCGGAGGACGCCGUGGAGCACGAGAACAUGAAGGCCGUGCUGAAGACGUCCAGCUCCCUGGGCGGGGAGAGCGCGUCCGUCCUCGGGGUCCGGACGCGCAGUCGAGCCAGCCGAGGCCGGGUCGGUUCCUGGAACGCCGGCAUGGACGAUUCCCCCGGCGCCACGGACGACGCGGCCGACGAGAUCAUGGAUCUCAUCGUCAAGUCCGCCACCCAAGUGCCGAGUCAGCGAACGAUGCCCCGGGAGAGGAAGCGAUCGCGGGCAAACCGAAAGUCCCUGCGCUUCGGACAUGUGGAUACUACAGACUGUUUGCACGCUGAAUUGGGUUUGCCUCCUGCAAGUUUGGCCUUCGCCCGUCCCCACCAGUGACCCCAGCGUGGGAGGGCGGAGGGUCGGUAUUCCCAACCGAGCCCCUUCCUUCCCCCCGACGCCAACCUAGAAAAUACAAAGCCUCUCCGUGCCCCACGCAGGCCGCUCGGGGGGGUCCGACCGCCAUCCCGUGGUCCGAGCCCGAUGAUCUGUGCAACUUCAGAGCUCACCUCUCUGGCAUUCUGUAAACACGACUUGCAAUAAAGCCUUAUAAAGCGUUA